AUGGCUCGUGGCAACACUACCGCUGCUCGUCCCUCAGAUUCUUCUUCUGGUCAGUCUCCUUCCAUGGAGGACACUACCAGUCCUUAUUCCUUACAGGGAGGGGACCACCCUGGUCUGAUCCUUGUGGUCACACCCCUUUCUGGAUCCAACUACAAUUCUUGGAAUCGUGCCAUGCUUUUGGCCCUUACUGCCAAGAACAAGUUAAUUUUUGUUGAUGGUUCCUUACCUCGACCACCUUCUUCAGAUCUCCUUUUUUCUUCAUGGAAUCGAUGUAAUUCCAUGGUCAUCUCUUGGAUUUUAAACUCUGUCUCUAAGGAUAUCUCUGAGAGUCUUCUCUAUUUUUCUAAUGCUUUUGAGGUCUGGACUGAUUUAAAACUCGCUUUGCUCAGGCCAAUGGUCCUCAGAUUUUUCAGCUUAAGCAACACAUUUCAUCUCUGUGUCAAGGUUCUCUUGACAUUAAUAGCUACUAUGGCAAGUUAA